AGAGUAAAUCAAGAGCAAAUCUUUGCACAGGUGAUGUCUGGACUACAAGCCUGCAUUGAUUUGAGAGGGAGAUGACUUGAGCGACUGGCUUUUAUCUUCCCCACAAUGUCCAUGAACAAUUCCAAACAACCAUUGUCUCCCGCCGCUGGGCUGAAUGCAACCUGCCAGACGGAAAACCGACUUUCAGUAUUUUUCUCAAUUAUCUUCAUGACGGUGGGGAUUUUAUCAAACAGCUUGGCCAUUGCCAUUCUCAUGAAGGCAUAUCAGCGAUUUAGACAGAAGUCUAAGGCAUCGUUUCUGCUUUUGGCUAGUGGCCUCGUGAUUACAGACUUCUUUGGUCAUCUUAUCAAUGGAGCUAUCGCAGUAUUUGUAUAUGCUUCUAAUAAAGACUGGAUCCGCUUUGACCAAUCAAACGUGCUUUGCAGCAUUUUUGGUAUCUGCAUGGUAUUCUCUGGUCUGUGCCCACUUUUUCUAGGCAGCGUGAUGGCCAUUGAACGCUGCAUUGGAGUCACCAAACCCAUAUUUCAUUCUACAAAAAUUACAUCUAAGCAUGUGAAAAUGAUGCUGAGUGGAGUAUGCUUGUUUGCUAUCUUUAUAGCUUUGCUUCCCAUCCUUGGGCUUCGAGACUAUACAAUUCAAGCAUCGCGGACCUGGUGUUUCUACAAGACAGAGCACAUCCAAGACUGGGAAGAUAGAUUUUAUCUUCUACUUUUUUCUUUUCUGGGGCUCUUAGCCCUUGGUGUUUCGUUUUUAUGCAAUGCCAUCACAGGCAUUACACUGGUGAAAGUAAAAUAUAAAAGUCAGCAGCACAGACAAGGCAGGUCUCAUCAUUUGGAAAUGGUCAUCCAGCUCCUGGCGAUCAUGUGUGUCUCCUGCAUCUGCUGGAGUCCGUUUCUGGUGACAAUGGCCAACAUUGGAAUAAAUGGAAAUCAUUCCCUGGAGACCUGUGAAACAAUACUUUUUGCUCUCCGAAUGGCAACGUGGAAUCAAAUUCUAGACCCUUGGGUAUAUAUUCUUCUGCGGAAGGCUGUCCUUAAGAAUCUCUACAAGAUUGCCCGGCGUUGUUGUGGCGUGCAUGUCAUCAGCGUACAUAUCUGGGAGCUCAGCUCCAUUAAAAAUUCCUUGAAGAUUGCUGCUAUUUCUGAGUCACCACUUUCCUAGAAAACAAAUCACUAGGCCUCGAGUUUUAUAGGACAGGGAUCCAUUUCGUGUCUAGGACAAAAUUAAGAAAGAUAUCAGUGAUGUUUCAGUAAAUUAGAUACCUGUGCAGUGGAACUUCAAAUAGUUCAUGGGAAAACAUCUAUUUUCAUUUCAUCUUUCACCAACUUUCUGAUACCCUUUUGUAUAUAACCUAACUGGAAAUUUUAGACACCAGCAUGUUGGUGGGGGGCAGCAUUGCCUAGUUUGUCUGUUACAUUUUGUUAAAUUUAACUGGAUUAUUUCACAUUUCCAUUUGCUUUGUGUUAACUGGACAGAAACACAGUAUCAUGUUAGAUACUCAAAUUAGAACAAAAUGAGUUUUUCUGCUGGUUUGUGAACUCAUCUAUACUUUUAGGCCAAUCGUAUUUAGUCAGUGUAUUGCCAGAGUGCAUAUUAAUGUGACCUGUACAAUGACCCCUUUGGGGUCAUUGCUUUGCAGUUGCUCCUUACAGAUCAAACACAGUGAAACCCUUUUAUCUGGUCUACUCUACACCUCAUUGUGUAGCCUCACUCAAUACAGAUGGUCACAUCACCUAAUUAAUUUGGGUUUAAUGUUGCAAGCUGCCUUUACAUUAGAAAUAAUUCGCCUUUGUUGCAUUUGAAAAUUAUGACUGCCUGCAUUUAUUAUAUGGAGAAAUGUUGGUUGGGGAGGCGUGUUCAUGUGUGGUACAAAUGAGUAAAGACUUAACUACAAGCUCAAAGAUGAGGGAUUCUUCUAUAAACAAUUCUGGAAAACUGCUUCCCAAAGGUCACACCCUUGAAAACCCGAUGAGGUGGUUCUGGCCUAACACAGGUGGCUGCUAUAGAAUCGACAGCAACCAGUACCAACAACAGUGCAGCAUAUGGUUAUUUGCAUAUGUUUUAAUAAAUCAUAGUAUACAGCUUUCAUUUAAACCCAGUUUCUUUUGAAAAAAAAUUCUAUUGCACUGAUGCACAUUAAAUAAUUUCUUGAGAAAUUAAUGUUUUAUCUCAGCACAUACAUCGAUGGCUUGAAUUAUAGUAGCUCCUAAAGCCCAGUUAUCUACAAUAGAUACUGUAAACAAUCAGAACUUAAACUCAAGUGAUAGGUGCAAAGAAAAAUGGCAGUGGGUGUUUUACUUUGAGUGACUACUUCUGUGUCAGAGAACAAAAGGAACACUAUAUAUAACACCCAAUGAUUAUCUGCCGCUAGUGUGUUUCUCUGUUUUACACACACACACACACACACACACAGAAACUACUGUUGUUAAUGGCUUCCCCAGAUCUGUAGGAUGACUGACAACUUCUAAUGUUUGUAUUACCAGCAUCAAGAGGAGGAGUGACAGCUAGUCAAGCAUCAGGGAAAAUAAGUUUAAUCCGGUGACCGGGUGAUUAAAAACAAAACAAAAACAAAUACAACUCUUCAAAAAUUUCCUUAAUAAUGCACUUUUUUCCCACCUGUUUGUAAAGUUCAAUGCAGAGAGUCUUCCUAACAGUCAAAAGAUUCUGGGUUCAUUAGCAAGUGGAAUAGCUAGUUCGACUUUAUAAUAGGGAAAUGCAUGUUUGCAACAUUGUUUGCAUUGCGUAGAUUGGGUCCGUUUUUAAAUGAAUCUUUCUGUGAGACUGAUUCCAGAGUCUCCGGAAUAUCUGUGAAGUUCGGUUAGAUGUAAAUGGCUAUUCUUAAAUCCCUGCUCAUGACAGGCAAUUUGCAAUGGUAGUUGUUUACUAUUUGUGAGUUUGGGUAAAUUCACAGUGAUACAAUGCAAGCCAGUGAGGAAAUCACUUCAUUGAACCUAAAGACAACAACUUUAUUUGUGAAUUUAAAGAGGGGCAGCAUGCAUAUACACACAGACACAUGAUAUUCUCAAUUUAAGAGCACAAGUUUAGGCUGUUCUCAUAUACAGAGCACAUUUUUGAAAUUUGAAAAAUAUUUGCCAAAUUUAAUUGCAGACAAGGAUUUCUUAGUGGAGAUGAAUGUGGAAAAUUAUAAAUUUUAUGUAUUUUAAUUUAAACUGGCAGUUCUAGAUACAUAUUAGUUAUUGUGGGAUAUGCAUAGACACACAAAGGGACUUUAAAAAGUUCGUGGAACAAUUCUAUUUUUUAUUCCAUUUUCCAUGAACUUUUUGACCUCUCCUAGUAUAUGUGUGUGUACGUGUGAAUAUAUGCACCCAGUGUAUGAAUUGGAAACGGCUCAGUCUAUGAACUGGAAAUGGCUUUUUUAAGAAAGCCAUUAAGUGUGUGAUUGCAAUGAGUCCUUAAAUUUGAGCAGAACAUUUAAAUAAUUCAGAAGAUUGUCACUUUGUUGAGAAUGUUGGUGUGUUGUUAAAUGAGGACAAGGUACCAAAGCUGCAGCCUCUCACUUUGUACUCAGCAGGAUGCCACAGUGAACAUAUCUGUGUGUAGGGACUAGGGAGAGACGUGGUGAACAAAACCUCUUCUAGAGGCUCUAUGCCUCUUCUUGAAGCUGCUGCUCAGUUGGCAAAAGUGUUGCUGUAUUGCCGUGAUCUCACCAUGGGCCUGUGUGUCUGCACAUUGUCAGAUUUGGCAUUACCAUGUGUGACAAUGCAUGAGUAUGAAGGAUGAUGGAGUUAUAGGGAAGCUGUUCUGUAGGUCGUGGAAGAGAUAUCAAGUUAUCUGAGCAUGGAUUUGGGGCAACUAUGUUCCUCUUAAAAUUAUACUAAGCCCAAGAAUUAGAUAUAAAAACUGAAAAACAAAUAACAGAAUAUAUUUUUACAUGGUUUUAGGCAUUUCUCUCAAGGAAAAUGGAGUGAGAAAAAUAGCAUACAUAUCUGACUUAAGAAUUUUAUUUUUGUUACCAUGUAUCUUGCAAUAUAGUUUGGCAAAUUAUUAUGUAGUGAAAAUUAGAAUAGAACAUCCAACAAAAACUUUUAACAUGAGUAUUCAGAGUGGAAGUAUAUGUGCUCAGACUUCUAGAAACAAAUAACACAGAUAUUUUUCCACAAGUUUCCCAUGUGGCAUGUUUUAAGUUCUGCUGUUAAAUCUGUAAUUCAGCCAUCGAAAUAAAAAUACUUCCAUUCUUAUGGUGUGAACUAUUAUCCAAGUAACUUCAGAUAAUAUUUGAUUAUUCUGGGAAAAUUACAAUAGUAAUAUCUUCUGAGUGUGAUUUAAAAAAACAAUACUACACACCAAACCCUGAGUUUUGAUGAGAAUAUUUACAGGAACAGAUUAUGCUGAUUUAUCAUUGGCUCGGAAUGCAUCCAAAAAGCUUAGAAUUUUACUGAUGGGUUUAGAUAGGUACUAUAAAUAUUCUCUUUAAAUUAAUAUUUUUUCCUUCUAAAUGCAGAAGGUAUAACCGAAGUGGAAAAUGCCUAUAAAUAAAAAUAUACGUGUGUGGGUUAUAAUAGUCUUCUUUGUUCAUUUCCAGACUUACAGAGAAAAACCUUCUUUAGCUUUGUGCCUAAUCUGAGUUUACAACUCAAAUGGUAGAACAGUUAUUAAACAUCUAGGGUGACAUUUUUGUGGAACCUGUUGCUAGUCUCACCAAUAUCACCACCUUUGCUUCACAUGAACACAUUUCCAAGGCUAGACUAUAAAGAACGAGAAUGUUAUAUUUUCGCCCUUUCUCGUCUUUAUCUGGAUGUUGUUACCACCUACAAAAAUAAUGUUGGACUUCAACUUGUUACUGACACAUUUUCAUAUAGUAGAUGAAAUCUGAUUUUCCUUGUUAUGUGAAUAAAUGUAUUUGUGCUCUUUAUAUUUGUUGGAUUGUAUAAGAUACUAAAUGGUGAUAUGUAUAUUUUGUUGCUGCAUCUGUAUGCAAUUCCUGUAAUAUUAGUGCUUUGUUAAGAAUAAAACAUCAAACAAAUUA